AUGUCGACAUGUCAAAAGGCCGCAAGGCCACUGACGCGAUGUAUACGCGAAUCACAAUCGGCAUCUCUAUCUGCGCGCACGAUUCGAAACUUUACGAGCUCGACGAGGCAAAAUGAGGAAGCUGCAGCAGCUGUUGAAACGAAGCCACCGCGAGUCUGGGAUCCAACGACCGUCACAUCUAGGAAAGGAGAGAAGGCUCUCAUGAAAGAUGGAGUAAUGCCAAUUGGAUCUCGUCGUCGUCGAGCUGCAAUCUCGACUUCUGAUAAUCUUCCAUUCGAGCAAUUGCCAUACCAGUGCUUCCAGGAAGCUCUAAGGGUGCUGCGAGCCGACAGAAAGGAGAAGCUUGAAUUGAUCAAGACAGAAAGACUACGAAUAUCGAACUUGGAAGCUCAGGAUGUUACGAAUAUCAAGGGUGGACAGAAGCAUAAGGAUACGAGGUUAGAGAGUAUGAGGAGGCAUUUGGAAUACUUGAAGAUUCAAGCCGAUAUAAACGAUCCACUGAUCAAGAAGCGUUUUGAAGAUGGAGAGGGCGAUAUGAACAAGCCAAUCUACCGCUACUUAGCAGACAAGCAAUGGCGCAAAUAUCAACACAAACUCAUCACCCAGCGGAUUCAUCAACUAUCCAUCGUACCCGAUCUCUUGCCUCAUUUCGAACCUACAGCAGAUGUGCGCCUUGCCUUCCGCACUCGCCAAGUUUCCCCCGGCGAAUUUGUCGACUCUCGCAUCAGCGAAUACCCUCUUCGCCUGAAAGUUCAAGUCUUCGACAAGGGCACCCGCCUCGUCUCAAUCGUCGUAAUAGACUCGGACGUCCCCCAACUCGAGACCGACAAGUUCGAAUCGCGCUGCCACUUCCUCGCCACAAACGUCCCUCUCUCUCCAACUAUAAAUUCCAUCCCUCUCUCUCAACUCUCAGACUCCAACGUCGUCAUUCCUUGGCUCGCGCCUUUUGCCCAGAAAGGUUCGCCAUACCACCGCUACUCCGUAUUCGUCCUCGAGCAAGGCUCUGAGCUCAAUGCGGAGGCCCUGAAAGCUAUUCCGCGCGAUGGCUUCAAGCUACGUAGUUUCAAGGACAAAUAUAAGGUUACUCCUAUCGGUAUGAGUUUGUUCAGAAGUGAGUGGGACGAGGGAACUGCUGGUGUGAUGCAGAGAUCGGGCGUGGAUGGCGCGGAUAUUGAGUUUAAGAGAAAGAAGGUUGUUGCGUUGAAGCCAAAGCAGAAGCCUAGAGGAUGGGAGGCUAAACAUGCCAGUACGAAGUAUAGGGCUCUUUGGAGGAGGAAAGACAAGAGCGCGUAG